AUGCUAAAACUCCAGGAGUACACCGCAUGGAUUUCGGUUGAUGGUCAACCAUUGGAUACUUACGCUGUGGAGACAUCUCUGGCGACCAAUGAAGUGACAUGCUGGAUCCCAUCUGAAGCUGGCAAGGAGUUUUCUGUGCAUUGUCAAAACACUUCUGCCCCUGGCCUCGAUACCAUCGGUGCAUUCGUUUAUAUUGAUGGACAGGGGUGCCACGGUAGCUUGUUCGAGCGCUGGAAUGUGAAUCAGACUGUCAAGUUCAGUCACGCUUUUGUUUCGGAUAGGAUCACCAAAUCUUUCGUAUUUUCAAAUGUUCGGCUGACAGAUGAAGAUGAAUUCGUGGAUGCGUCAUCAGCUGAUUUAGGACAAAUCCAAGUCAGAGUUUGCAAAGUAGCACUCGGCGAAUACUACAAUCCUGCCCAAAAUCAACUUCAGACUGAACACAAGGUACACGAGCGGUCGAAGAAAGCAGUGACACACUGUGUUGGGCUUGGUGAAGAAACUAUGAUUCCACAAACAAUGUUGCGCAAGUCACAGUGCAUUGGUCAGCCUCUCGCAAAAUUCACAUUCAAAUACAGAGACCGAAAUCUUUUGAAGGCGAAUGGAAUCAUACCAGUUCCAGCACCCUUGAAGCGCAAGGCAUCACAGGAAAUCAUUGACCUCACUGUUAAUGACGGCCAGGCGGGGGGCAGCAGAUUCAAUGAUCCAGUACGAGGAGAACAAAACUCACAGGGAACAAAAGAGACAGAACGCAGGAGCAAGAAGGUGAAGCAAGAACCGAAGCCCGGUGUGUUCGUAGAAGUCAUUGAUUUGACGUAG